AUGUGAAGGUUUCUUUCUUUUCUAUUUUAAUAUUUUACAUUUUAUUUCAGUUUUAGUAUAAUGCCGGGUUUUGUGAUCAACUCCAAUUGUUGUGAAGUGAAAACUAUGUGUGGCAGAAGCCUUUGGCACGGAGUAUUGUACAUCGGGAUUGCUUCAUUGGUAAAUUAAUCAUUAUAUCAUCGAUCGCGCUUCUAAUAUCGCUGGCGAGUGUGGUGCGUAUGUCAGUGUCAGACGUGCUGUUCAACUCGGAACCUUUGCUGGCGGUGAACAUGGUCUUCGGACUUGUGACGGUGUGCAUCUCUCUCUACCAGAUCCUGGUGGCUUCGCUGGUGCUGUGGCAGGCGUUGAAGACAAAAGGCAACAUCUUCCUCUGCUCGUUGUGGUACGUGUCCCACCUGUCGAUCCUGACACUAUACUUCAUUAUAUUCUGCGCGCGCGCCGCCGUCUGCUUCAAGGAGCGCCGGUACUUAGCUGGCACUGCGACGGUCGUUGUAGGCGUUAUUUAUGAAGGUACUUUUAUAUAUUUUGCUAUUGUUGUAAACAGCUAUGUACACUCAUUGGACCGUACCCACGAGCGUUAUUUUUAGCUGAUUUAUUUACUAUAUAGGUAGG